AUGACGACGCCCAUCCGGAACACACCUAUGAAGUUUGGUGCUAUGUAUUUUAACAUUCCUGCCGCCUGCCUCUGCUGCUGCGGCUCCUCAGGCGGAGACCGAGCCCCGCGGGAGCUCCCUUCGGCUUCUACCCAGGAUGGGCCCCGAAGCCCUGCUGCCUCUUCCCGGCGGCUCCCCGCUCCCCCUGUUCCCCAGCGGCCUCUUCAUGGGCGGCUGCGGCGGAGGAGAAGGCGGGCCAGCCCCCCCGGAGCCUCGCUGCCCCUUCCCGGCCGGCCCUUAUCCGACGCCCGCAGGCUCCUGGCCCUGGCCCACCCCGAGCGAGGCAGGCUGGCAGCUGCUGUUGGCUUUCUGACUGUUUCCAGCGUUAUUACUAUGUCUGCUCCCUUUUUCUUGGGAAAAGUUAUUGAUGUCAUUUACACAAAUCCCAAUGGUGACCUUGCAGAAAACCUAUCCAACCUCUGUGCCUUGCUAAGUGGAAUAUUUUUGUGUGGUGCUGCUGCCAAUGCAACCCGCGUCUACCUCAUGCAAACGGCAGGACAAAGAAUUGUGAAACGUCUGAGAGCAACAAUGUUCUCCUCUCUCUUGAAACAAGAGAUAGCGUUUUUUGACAAAACCAGCACUGGAGAGCUGAUUAAUCGCUUAUCUUCAGACACGGCACUCUUGGGCCGUUCAGUCACUGAAAACCUUUCUGAUGGACUACGAGCUGGUGCUCAGGCCUCAGUUGCAGUUGGGAUGAUGUUUUUUGUGUCUGCCAAACUUGCCAUGUUUGUUCUGAGUGUGGUGCCACCCCUGGCUUUUGUAGCUGUGCUAUAUGGAAGAUACUUACGAAAACUUACUAGAAUGACACAAGAUUCUCUUGCAGAUGCUACACAGUUAGCAGAAGAGCGGAUUGGAAAUUUACGAACUGUUCGAGCUUUUGGACAAGAGCUAAAUGAAAUGGAGAAAUAUAAGAACAAAGUUGAUUAUGUGCUACAGUUGGCCAAAAAGGAAGCCAUAGCACGAGCAGGAUUCUUUGGAGCAACUGGGCUAUCUGGGAAUUUGAUUGUGCUCUCUGUUCUGUACAAAGGAGGAUUACUGAUGGGAAGUGCCCACAUGACUAUUGGUGAACUGUCUUCUUUCUUAAUGUAUGCCUUCUGGGUUGGCAUAAGCAUUGGAGGUUUAAGCUCUUUCUAUUCUGAACUAAUGAAAGGAUUAGGUGCAGGAGGGCGUCUCUGGGAACUUAUUGAUCGAAAGCCAGAACUUCCUUUUAAUGAGGGUAUCGUGUUAAACCAGGAUGCUUUCAAAGGUGCUCUGGAGUUCAAAAAUAUCCAGUUUGCAUAUCCAUCUCGUCCAGAAACUUUAGUUUUUCAAGACCUUACCCUUUCCAUCCCAGCAGGAUCUGUGAUGGCACUGGUUGGCCCAAGUGGCUCUGGUAAAUCGACUGUUGUGUCUCUCCUACUUAGGCUUUAUGAUCCAAUCUCAGGAGGUAUCACUGUUGAUGGUGUUGACAUUCGUCAGCUAAACCCACUCUGGUUCAGGACUAAAAUUGGAACAGUAAGUCAGGAACCCAUCCUUUUCUCAUGCUCUAUUGCUGAAAAUAUUGCCUAUGGGGCUGAGGACCCGUCUGCAGUUACUAUGGAAGAAAUUGAGAAAGUUGCUGACAUUGCAAAUGCUUCUAGUUUCAUCCAGAAUUUUCCUAAAGGAUUCGGCACUUUAGUUGGAGAAAAAGGUGUUCUUCUUUCAGGGGGACAGAAACAACGAAUUGCUAUUGCCCGGGCUCUUCUCAAGAAUCCAAAAAUUCUUCUUCUUGAUGAAGCAACAAGUGCUUUGGAUGCUGAAAAUGAAUUCCUUGUCCAAGAUGCAUUAGAUCGGCUCAUGGAAGGAAGGACUGUUCUCAUUAUUGCUCACCGUUUGUCUACUAUUCAGAAUGCUAAUUCAGUUGCAGUUCUUGAUCAAGGCAGAAUUAUUGAGUGUGGAAAACAUGAAACAUUGCUUGCAAACCCAAAUGGACUUUUCAGCAAAUUAAUGAAGAAACAGUCUUUUAUCCAGAACAGUGAAAUUUUUGCAUUAAAUGUAAAAUCUUGAAAAAGUCUUUUUUUAAAAAAAAAAAUGAAAGAGUAUAAGGAACGGAAAUGUAACACAUUUCCAAGCAAUUUUAAAUUAUGUUUCAAUUUAUGUAUAAUAAAUGUGUUUAUAUUUUUUUCUUGUGUAUUUCAGAUAUUUCAAAACUUGGCUGUGCUAAAAAAUUUAUUCAGAGCAUCUAAUUAUAAUUAUAUUCUUGUGAAAAUAUAAAACACUGAAUUGUUUUUACAACGUAAAUAUUUUGCUGCUGCUUUGAUUAAUGAAUAUGGAUGUCUACGAAUUUUUAAACCUGAAGGUUUGGAAGCACUCUCUUUUUCUCCAGUUUGAGAUAAGUUAAACCUAUGUAAAAUUCUGGAGCUCUUUUUUAAAGUCAUUGUACAGAAGAGAGAGAUCUGUUCACAGAAGCUUUUGCUCACAGAAGUAGUAGUAGUAGUUAUUUUCCUCUCACGUCCUGAAAAUCUGCUUCACUGUUGACCCUGUGGAACAUUGUGAGAAGUGACAAGAAGAUGCAGGGGGGAUACUUGUAAAAUGCAAAGAUAAAAACUUUGUUCUACUGGACUUGCAAACCUUCUGCAACGUAAUUAUUAUAAUUAAAUCUCAUCUGUGGUUUUGAAAUUUCUCCUUAACAUGAAUAGCAUUGGGCUGUCUGUUCUAUAGUUUAAGGAAGGAGCCAAAGCUGAAUUGUAGAGUACGUGUUUUCUAUACAGAGGGGCCUGGGUUCAAUCCCUGCUACUUUAGGUUAAAAUUAUCUUCGAUAUCAAAGCUGGGAAAGAUGUUUGUCACAUAUUGGAAAGAGGUAUUACCACUCCCAAUCAGUUAGUUGGACUUAUGGUUUGACUAAUAUAGGCCGUCGUCAUCUAUUCAGGUAGAAGUAACCUCAUUUCAAAAUUAUUUACUUCCAAGUAAUAAAUAUACUUGAAAUCAGGCUUUCUCCAAGAUAAUUGUGCCUGGGAUUGCAUCAAACAAAUCAAUCAUUUUAGCCUUGUUUGUGAUACAUUAAACUUGCAAAUACAAUUUUUGAUAUAAAAUAGGGAUAAAUUAGCAUAUGUUUGUUUAGAUGUGUAUUAAAUGAAUUAUUUGGCAUAAUAAAGAGACCAAAACUUUUCUACCAUUAA